CGUUGUGUGUGGUUUUUUUUUGUGCAUGGGGAUUCCAUGUGCAUUUAACCAUGUUUGGCUGCAGUUUAUCCUGUUGUAGACAAGAUGUUCCGCGUCCGCUUUCCGUUUGAAGGGCAAGUGCUGGUGCACAAGCGCUACAAGGGCACCAGCGUCACUGCUGCCUUGGAAAAACUGCAGCCUGGUGUGCAUCGAGUGGCACACGACAUGGACUUGGAUGUGGACUUUGUCACUGGCCCUGGCGCUUGCGUCGUCUACUUGUGGGACAAGGACAUCAUCAACCCUCAGUGGAAGGACAUCGCGAAGCGAGUGCAGGCUGCACUCACAUACCCGAAUCCAACCGUGUAUGCGGUGGCAGCUCCCUCGACACAGCCAAACUUGCAGCACGUCCGCAACAACAUCACCUGCCGCUUCCGCCUCCCCGUCAUCUUCGUGGCAACGCCUGAGGACUUGGCGCUGUACUUGAUAGGAGCGGUCAAGUGCGCUGUCAGGCCGCCCAUCAAAUCUUCUCGCCAGGACCUCAACCUCAACCUCCUCACCGCCAUUCGCCUCCUGCCAGGGGUUGGCGAGAAGCGAUCGAUGCAGCUGAUGCACAGCUUCCCGUCCUUGCAAAGCCUGCAGCAGGCAAGCAAGGAUGAGUUACGUGAGAUGCUGGGCGCAAACGGCACAAAACUCUGGAAAAUGCUUCACGGCAAGACACCCGCCUACCUCUUCAAGGCCAGCAAACAGCAGACUUGAUGCGGCCGGAUCCGCCGCCCGUGUCGCCCUCCCUUCCUCCUCUGCCCGCGAGCCGUGGAUGAUACGCCAGCCUUGGCUGCCGCCCUGGCUGCACGUGUGUGCCGAUCAAUCACAGAGUCCGCCGGGGCCAACACCAGCACAUCCACGUCCGCGGAGUCGUCCUCAGUUGUGCUUGUCGGUGCACUGCGCCGUGAGCUCUCGCCGCCUUGCUGUCGUUGAUCCCUCUUCUCCUCCUUCUCCUCCUCCUGUUCCUUCUCC